CCUCAAAACCGUAAACCGCAAUUGUAUACUUGCAUCUUUUCUUCUAUUCUCCCAGCCUCUACUUCUUCUUUCAACCGCUUCUCUUUCAUCAGCGCGUUCUUUGACUUGUAUGAUUCACUGUUCAGAACACAAAGUUACUGCCCACGCACCAUCCACAGUCACAUAACACCUUCUCCAAUACUUAACACACCUCAGAUCUUGACGGACCAUGGAUCUCGAUAUUGAGAUGGACGAUGCCGUCGACACGGUUCACGACGCACCUAUUCUCGACGUCGGUCGCGAUGAUAUUCUCCAACCUGACGAGCCUGAAGAGCCUGGCGAGGUGGCCGAAGACGAACCUCCGACCGACGACUCAAAGACCCUCAUCCCGACAAAAAUCCACAUCAAGGGUGUCGACUCUCUACACACAUCCGACAUCAAAGCCUACGUCAAGGCUCACUUCGGCGAUGUCGACAGAAUCGAGUGGAUUGACGAUUCUUCCGCCAAUCUCCUCUUUCCUUCUGAACCCACGGCGCGCGAUGCAAUUGUUGCCUUGAGCUCUGUUCCCGUCGCAGAUGCCACAGCAUUGGCAAUUGGAGAGACUCUGCCUGCGAAGCCUUUUGAAGGGAAGCCAGAGAUUUCUCUCCAGGUGAGAUUUGCCAUACAAAGCGACAAAAAAGAGGUUGGUGCUGCCUUACGCAGCCGCUAUUACCUCCUUCAUCCUGAGCACGACCCCGAGGAGCGACGACGCAGGAAUCAGGAAAACCGGUCAAGGUACAGGGAUCGUGACGAUGGCUAUCAUAGGAGUGGCGAGGGCCGGCGACGACGCGCCUCUGACGAUGACGUUGAGACGUUCGAAGCCAGCAUGUACGAUGAUGCGCCUCGCCCAACACGGAGAAGACGCGACUCAGACAUAGAGGAACGACCACGCUCAUAUGCCCGCGAGAAUCAAGGCAAGGAAUUGUUUUCAGGCCGGAAAACACAACGCGACCGAUCUGCAUCUCCCAGGCGCGAUAACGACGGCGAUGAUCUAAUGGGUGAGAGGGCUAGCUCAUCUGGGAACAGAACGCGAGCGCGGGAUCUUAAGGAUCGCAUAUCAGGCAGUAACAAUUCCAAGGAGUUGUUUCCGACCAAGAAGUCGAUCAAGCAGUUUGGUGGAGGAAACUUGGAUACCCUCGAGCGAGCGAUAGGAUCAGCCCGCCUCAAGGAUGAGGAUCGCCCCAAGAUUGUUUCUGUGCCCAAUGCACGAGGCGAUGGUAACUCAUUCAACAUCCGCGGCAUGGCGAGCCAGCAGGGGAGCGGAGAGGGCUUUGCGAUUAAGGGUGCUGCUUCAGCUAACGCACGCGAAUUGUUCCCUACUAAGCUUGGUAGCACCAAUACUGGCAAGGAGCUAUUUGGAGGAGGGAGAUCGAAGCAACGACAGAAGGCCGAGGACCUUUUCUCCUAAAUGGGGACCCCAUCGAAACAUGGUACACGCUAUACAAUAGCAACGGCCGAACUGGGUCAACAAUACGGACGCAUAAAUGAUGGGUGCUGGUGACUAUAUAUAUGGUUUUGUAACGAUACCAAGGCGCAACCAAACAGAUAC